UAACCUCUUUGCAGCCUGUGUGCUUGUCUUCUUGCUGUUUGCUGCCGUGAAGUGGUCUUGUGAUACAUCUCAGCUGAUGCUCGCUGUUUGCCCUUGGCUCCGUUUCAGUUCUGUGUUAGUUUAACACUAGGCUGAUGUUGUCAUCUUUUUCUUCUCUCAGGUGAUGGACUUCUUGUCAUUGCUUUAUUUCUAGUAAAAUGAAUGCUUUGUACAAUAACAUAGGAAACAUGGGGGGAGAUCAAUUAGGAGGAAAAGUAAUUUCCUUUAUGCCUAAAUUAGUCAAUUGUUGGUUCAACAUUUACAGUUAAUGGCUCUUCAGGCAUUCAUGUAGCUCCCAUUUCUUUCAGCUGAGAUUUGGAAGGGCUUGAUCCGGUAGCUAUGGUGGCCCUGGGAGUCUUUUAAAUUCCAUUAGCUUUUUUAAGAAAAUAAUUUCAAUUACCAACUUAAAAUGGCAAUCAAGAAAUGUAGUAAGUGUUCUAAACUGUGUAAAGCAGGGCUCACUUAAAGUAAUGAGUAUCUUUCCAAUUAGUGUAAGUUAGCUAAUACUGGUGGAAGUGAAACGCUAAAGCAGCAGCAGUGAAGACGCAAUGACCUGUUUCUCUCUCAGGGCUCUCCAGUCGGUGUCCUACACUGGGGUGCCCCAGGCAGCUCUCAAGGUGUAGACUCUUGCAUUAGCAGUAUCCGUACAAUGCCCACAUGCCCUUUGCCUUUUCCCUUCUCUUGCCCUGCUAUUAUUUGGCCAGGGCACGCGUGCCCUCAUGCGCCUUAGUUUUCAACAGUGAAUGAUGUGGGGCAAAGCUGCAGUGCAUCUUUCAGAUGAGCAUUUUGAUUUUAUUUUUUUUAACAUCCAGAUUUUAUUUGUUUAUUUUUAUGUUGGCUGGCAGGAAUUGUUUGUUUUGUGAGAUUUAGAUAAAGAGGAAACUUACCUGCUGAUAGCCUUCACGUUGUUGAGCAAUUGAGUUAAUCCUUCUGAUAAAGGGCUGAUAAUUAAUCCCAAAAUGCCGAGGAUCAUUUUCUUGGGUUUCUAGGAAGCUUCAGAUUGUUUGAUAGCAAAACGCUAGCUGCUUUAGUCCAUUCUCCCACAAUGGACAAGGUAUAGGUUGCUGGAUCUGUUUAGAUGCAUUAUAAAUGAGAAGUACAGAUCCUGAGAAGCAUCUGAGGUUUAUGAUGGGCUGAUAUCCACCACCAGUGUCUUGUUCUGCCUUCUGAUCUAGUAACAGCUCCGAGGAUCUUCAUUUUGUGUUGGUAAGAGCCUCAUGAGGGCAGUAGCUGCAGUGGGGGCAGAAGAGUAGCCAGAACUCCUCGUGUUGCUGCUGUGCACAGUUUGCAUUUUGUCCCCUUUCUCCACGCCCCUGGGGUCCAAUGGCUCCCGAGGCUUUUUGUGCAGCCCCUGCUCUGCUGCCACCCUUGGGAGAAACAGAGUGCCUGUGUGCCUCAUGAAUACUGCUAGAACAACGUCUGCAGCCUGGAGCGACUGACAUGCACGUGCAGUACGGUGGGACAGGGUGCGUGGGCACCGUGCCUCGAAGUAGUCCUGUUACUGUAAUAAGUGACUUCUUCCGCAUGCCUAAAAAAGCAACAGCAGACUACUGGUACAGCCAAGGCUGUGUGCCCUCCCUCGAUCACGAAAAGCUAUUCUCCUUCAAACAGGCAUUUCUAAGUUUUGUGCAGCUGUAACAGGUGGAAUAUCAUAACCCAUGCUGCUUUUUUUGACUGUUUGAUUGAAGUGUAAAGGUAGCAGACUGGCAGGUUUUCAGUUUUGUUAUCUCUGGAUUUUCCCCAUUUUAAUUUGCCUUUAUUUAAUGCACUUUUUUUCAUUACUGUUUUUUCUGUCCUUUUCAGAGUUUUUUUAAAAAACUCUUAUUUUCCUCUUCCUAUUUUUUUUUUCUUGCCUCUCUUCCUUUCCUACCCCUUUUAUUUCUCUUCUUAGACAAGGAUCUCUAGGUAGAAAUGAAAGAGUCAGGAUCAUUCCAUUUAACUCUGAAGACGGAGAAGAAGAACAGAAGAGUGACUAUGAAGAGCUAGGAAAACAGCUAAUAGAGGAAUUCUUAGAAAAGAGCCAUAAAAAUAGAAGUCGGCAGGAAAUGAACAUAAAGAAGAAGGAAACUCUCUCAAAAAGAGAAAAUUUAAAUCAUGUUGAAAGAUCAAGGUGCUGCCAAAACGUAUGUGUUGAGUCAGGGUCUGUAAAUGUCCCCAGAUAUCCUCAGGAAUACGAUACAAUAGACAGGAGAAGGAAAAAGAAGCUGCGGCACAAUUUUGAAGAGAGUGAACGAAUAAUCCUGCACAGUAAUAGGGGUCUGCAGUUUCCUGGGGAGAAAUCGGUUUAUUUCAAUGGUUUGACAAGUACUUCUGAACUUAAUGAUGAUUUCCCAGUAUAUGAUAGAACUGGAAAAUAUACCAGUAGCUCUGAAAAUAAGGAGCGGUUACCUGCUUAUCCUGUCCUGCGUCCAUAUAAAAAUGGCUUAAUGGUUAAAAGUGGGAAGUUGCCCACCAAGCCGAGAGUGAACCAUGAAGGCUCACUUCACCUCAGUAACAGUGAAGACAUGAAACUUAUAGGGAUGCCAGAUAACACUUUUCUGCCUGUGGAUAUCCUUGAGGAAUUUGACAGCAGUGCUUCUGAUGAGUUCCAGUACUCGCCAGUUUCAGACGAAGAGGUGGAGGAGCUGGCUACGCUUUCAGAAACGUGGAAUGAUUCUGACAUCAGCCAUUUGAGAAACUUCGCUGUUAAUUACCCUGCAAAUCUGGGCUCCCAGUUAAAGGCUAGCUGUGAUAACAAACACAAGGCUAAAGGGAGCAAGCAUGGUCAUCCUGUGCAAGACUUAGCACUGUCUCCUGUUGAAGAACCCAGCGAGGAGUACAUAGACACGAUGGAUGAACUUCAGUGUCUCGUAGAAUCAGUUUCAGAAUACUUGGCUGAAAAGGAGGAAGAAAUCAACAAAUUUGGUGCAUUGCCAGAGACUAGAAAAAAUGUUGAGAGCAUGUCACCAAAGCAGGGAAGUGCUGGUAAUUCAGUAGAAAGCAGGAAGCCUGAACAGACCAAACCUCCUGCUGCAGAGGAGAGUACCAAGGGAAAAUCUGAAUCUCUCCCAGACCUGUCAGGUGUGAAGAAUACGGUGAAUUCCCUGUUCAGCUCCUUCACUGAAAAGGUGGGGUCAAGCACAAAGCAGCUCACAGCCUCUGUUGAAAAGCUUGUUUCUUCCACUCCAGAGAAGACAGAAACCAGAAACCCAUCAGAAAGUGGAAUCUCAAAUUUGUUGUCUAGUAAGACCAAAAAUGAGAGUUCAUCUUCUGGUGUGAUGACAGACAAUAAAGGUGAUGCCAAGUUCUCUCUUCACUCUCUGCUACCAUCCCAGGUGAGUGGUGAUAAAAGAGCGCAGAACAUAAGCUCCAACAAGCCAGAAACCACUGAGAUGGACAGUAAGGCUUCUGUACCGCAUCAUCUGCAGCAAUCACAAGGAACUACUGCCAGCAGCCAGCAGAACCAACAUUCGGUUGUGAAUUCUGUUCUAGGCAUGUUUAAUCCUUUAAAGAUCUUCUCUGAGAAGGAAGAGCCAAAACAAGAAGUCAUAAAAGAGCAGCACACCAAGGGGGACAGUCACGCUGUGAAAGCUGAUGAGGCAAACAGAAGCGAGAGGCCAUCUGGGCAAGCAGCAGCUAGGACCAGCAGCGCUGUUCCAGAGGUGCGGACAAGUGAGUCCAGAAGCGAGGCAGAGGUGAAUGCAAACAGCACUUCUGUGUCUUCCAUCUUUGGCAAGCUCACAAGCUCAGUCAGUUCCUUCAGUCUGAAAGCCAAUUUCGAUGGUCUCCUGGCUCCCAGGCAGCAGGAUGUGCCACAGAAGCAGUCAGAUGCCGCUGUGAAACAGGGUGUCCCCGCUGCCAGGGAGCAGCCUUCUGCAAGUCGUGCAGGGGACCAGCAUAACGCAGGUCGUGGGCUGGAAAACAAGCAAAACAAAGGCAAUGAGGAACUUAAUUCGCAGCCUCAAGAUCAAGGUACAGCAUCUGGAAGCUUUUUCAGUCCACUCAAAAAGUCUUUUAGUCAGUUGUUGCUUCCUUCUGCUGAACACGGGCAGAAAGAAGGUACAUCAGGGCAUUUUAAAGGCCAUAAGUCUGAGGAGGAUGUAAGACAAAACAGUUCAUCAAAUGAAGAACACUCAUUUCCUUUCACUGGAAAACUUCCUUUUUUCAGUGGGUUGGGUUUUUCAGAAAAACAGGAACAUGCGAACGAGAAAGGAGGCUUUAUUCCUUCAUUAUUUAAAUUUUCUUCUGCAGAAAAUCUAGCACCUUCACAGGACCAAAGAAUUAAUCAGAGUUCUAGAGGCACUUCUUUGCUUAAAGACAGAAACAGUAAUUCAGAAAAUGCCACUUCAUUAAAAUCUAGCUCUGUUCCAAAUUUAUCAGAUGAUAAGGUGGAACUUGUACAAACAAAAAACAUGAAUAAAGAAAACCUAUCUAGUGCCCAAGUAAACAUAAAAAACCACAAGGAGAGUGACUCUGCUACAUUUAGGGCUGCAGGAGAGCAGCAGAGAACUAAGGGUACUCAGGAAGAACCUAGAAAUGCAGAAGGAGGAUUGACAAGAGAAGGACUAAAUGCACCAGACUUGAAUAACAGCUCAGCUGAAGCCAUCUCUUCAGCCAGAGGGCCAGAAGCUGCAGGUGCCGAUGAUUUGCAGAAGAAGCACACACCAGGUUUUCUUUCCGGAAUUCUUCGCGUUUCUCCUAAUGAAAACACAGCAAAUAAUCAAGACCUGACUGCUAAAAGCGAGCGUGAUGGCCAGAAAAGCACUUCUCCUGGAUUAUUUUCUGGCUUAUUUAAAUUUGCUUCGAAUGAAAACUUGUCUGAAAGUAAGCAAGAGAAAGUGAAAACAAACUCUCUAGGCUUCAGGAAGCUGUUUGAUAGAGGUGAGGAUUCUAGCUCGGAGGCAAAACCCAGCAACUCGGGAAUGGCUUCUGACACUCAGAGCAGCACUGGAGAAAAGCAGGAAUCUUCCAGCUUCUUAAAAAAUCUCCUGCCUAAACCAAAGGAGAAAUUGGAUAAUGUGAAAACAAUGGAAUCUUCCAAAACUACUGACCACCUGUCCAAUGCAAACGUAAAUAAAAUAGCUGAGCGCCAUGUUUCCUAUUGUGGGCAUCCUGAUGCUCUAAAUCUUCAAGACAAGGUACAGGACUUAUCUGGAAAGCCUAUAAAUAGUAGGCAUAUCCCUUACCAGAAUGCGGAAUCUAGAGUUUUUCCAACCCUUUUAAACAAAGGGUCAAAUGAAUUUCUCAAUCUAACUAAUAAAAGCUAUAACCUUACAGAGAAGUAUGCAGCUUAUCAGGAAACAAGAAGCCAUUCCAGCUUUGAAUGGGAAUAUGAAGUGGAGGAACUGGCUGCCCCUCAGGAAAUAGCAGUACCAGUUUACUACGUGUUAAACCAGAACUCUGUUCUGCCCCCUCAGUUCUUGGACUGGCCUGAAAAUGAUACGGUAGUGAAUCUCUGUAAAAAGGAUGGAAAUGCAAAUGUGAUGGAUUGGCAGACUAAUGCCAAUUUCGAUGGGCAGAGUUUGGAUUUAAGUGUGAUGUCAUAUGAAUCAUUUGACCAGUUAAUGUCUCAAGAUGUUUGUUCAGAAGAAAAUGAUGCAUGGACGGCUAAUUCUCUCAAUGAAAGUUAUAGUAAGUUGCCACCAUUUGAAAGAGAUGGCAGUUACUCAUUAGAAGAGUUGCCCAUGGAUUUAAGCUACUCCUCUGGCUGUGAUGGAACUAUGUGGACUCUAAUUGACCAAGAGACUUUAAGUAUGGAUGAGAGCUUUGUGUACUCAUCCUAUAGCCAGGAGUAUCAGGAGUGGCUAAUGAUGCUUGAGCAGGGUGUAUGGUGGCCAUCAGAAGAUGGUGAUUGUGGAUACUACAUGUACAGUGACAGCCAGUUUGUGUACUCGCUGCUCACCGAUCCCACUGGACAGUAUGUCUACGUGUGUGCUCCUGAAACAUAUUCCUACCCAGGCUGCUGGGAUUAUAAUUUUCAGAUGGAUUCCAUCCCAAGAGCUGUACUAGAAGACAACACAAUUGCUGUUUGUGGUUUUAAAGUCCCUCUUGGCAGUGAAGAUGAGCUGUUUUGGUUUGCUGAGGAAGAGUCUUUAGAAGAUUAUACAACAAAUAAACCUCUGGAUUUGUCAGUAGCUUUGCAGAGGAGUGAUCAGCUAAUGAAUAUGAAUUUGGAGACUUUUUCACAAAUGUUUGAAGAGUCUAUUUAUUAUCAGAGAGAGGAGCCAUUAGAUUUCUCAGGUUAUAAACUUCAAAAACUCAAAGUAGAUUUUAGACCUGAGAAGGAAACCCUGAAUUAUUCAGAGGAGUCUCCACUAACCCUUGAUCUCAGAACCCAUUCCAGAACAGCUUUCAGUAAAUCUCUGAGUAAAGAAGUCCACACCAAGGAAGGGGAUAAGGCUGUCCCCGUGACAACUACUGGGAGUGGGUCAUCAGGAUUCUUUGGUUUCCAUCUGUUUCAAUCUACUCCUAAAGCUGAAGAAACUGUGGCAUCUACUGAAAAAGUAACAGAAGCAAAAAAGACCGAGGAGGAUAAGAAGACACCAGUGAACAAAGUUAGCUCUUUAUUUUCUGCUUUGGGUGGACUAAUUGGAAAGUCUUCAGGUCCUGACCCUGAGACAUCAGAAGAUUCUGCCUUGAAAAGAACAGAUGCGCAGUCGAAGUCACCUGAAAACAGAACUGAUAUUUUCUCUCUUGCACCAAAUAGAAAAUCAGAUGAGGCACGAACAGGACAAAAGUUUCCUGUUAUGUCAGAACCGAGAAGAAAUACUUCAUCAGAACUUAAUUUGGAGGCUGCUAGAAAUGAAAAGCCAGAAUUAAAUCAGAAUGAAAACAUCCGUGCUAAAAAAACAGGACUAACAAAAUCUCCUUCUCAACUGAGGGAAACUCCAGAUGGCAGACCCAAGCGAGAAGACAGACCUGUUAAAGCAACACCACCUUCCAAGCAUAUUGAAGGGCAUGCAAGUAUUAGUGAACCAAGGCAGUCACAGCCAAAUCAGAGCCACCCAGCCACUGAGCCUGAGGAGACACUAUUUAAAAGUGCUCUGAAAUUGUUCAGUCUUGGAGAAGAUUCUCCUGCAGGCUCAACUGCCAACAAAACCCAAGCUUCUGGGUUUUUCGAUUUCUUUAAAACCCAAGUAAGCAAAGCGCCGCAGCCAUCGCCGGAUUUGCAAAAAAGUCAAAGUGAUAAACCAGAAAAGGUGACACAGCCGGAACGUAAGGAAACCUCCAGCAUCUCGUCGUUAUUUGGAUCCCUUGGAGAUAUCUUCAAAGUGGAGGCUGUGUCUUCUCAGCCAACCCCAAGUACUACGACUCUGCCAAAAACCAAUAGCAGAACUGUGGCCGAGUCGAGACAACAAACUGAGAAGUCGGGGAGUCUCCAGAGUGCCAGUAUGCCAUGUCUGUCCUCCACCCCCAAGGAAGGGCUGCGAACAGAAGGCAUGGACAGGCCUGUCUCUCCUAGCCCUGUGGUACAAAUGGAACAACGAAGAGGUAAAGCUGAGGAGUCUCCUGAGAGUCAAAAAGUGCAUCCUGCAAGUGUUUUGCAGAAGCCAAUAGGUCCCAAAACAAGCCAACCGAGUCCAUCAGCUGUGCAGCAAAGCAGCGUACCCAUGGCUGCACCAAAGCAACAAGGAGGAAAUCGUUCAGGAGGCACAGUUCAUCAGGAAAAGCCAAAGCCAGACCAGGCACCUAAAGAGUCAGGUUUUGGUUUGCCAUUCAGCUUUUCUGGUAUCACUGCUUCGAAAUCCCAGCCAGCACAGCCGGCCAGUAAGAGCUUAUUCUCCUUCUUCACGGGGUCAGAGGAACCAAAGCCUGCAGCACCUGCUGCUGCUCCUGCGGGUGGGAAGCAGCAAGAAACAGAGGGGCUGUUUCAUCUGCCCUCGUUCUUCUCCAGCGGCCCAACUGCUGAGAAGAGUGUACCUCAAAGAAGUACUAGCUUCAGCUUCUUCAAUUUGACAUCAUUUUUGGAUGAAAAGCCACAAACUGCUCCAGGACAGGAGAACAAUACAAAACCAGCUAAACCAGUGAACUCUAAGCCAUAUGUGAAGCAAAAUAUUUCUACUGACUCUGGUGUCAAAAUUAGCAGUUCUGCCAGGCAACAGGAUGCAGACAAUAAAAAAGAAGUUGAUGAUAUUAUUGCAGCAGUGACUGGCAAACAGAUGUCGAAUAACCUCACAAUCCCAGAAAAUAAAUCAGAAAUGCUGGCAGAGGAAAACGUAGGAGGUGUUGCUGAGGUAGCUAAAGAGAAUGACUUAGAGAAGCUUCCACAGGCUGAUGAUGUUGCAGGAGCCAGUUUGUCUGCUGCUGAUCCUUGCCUUCAGACUCCCAGUGCGCAGGAGGGUUCUCAGGGCCAACAGACUCUUUCCUUAGGGGCAGAAGAAGAUGCUUUGGAUAGCACAGGGAAAAUGGACAGUGUUGCAUUUCCUACUGAUAAAGAAGAGUCCUAUUCUUCAAAAGGACAACCUUCCGAAAAGAAAGAUGAUAGCAUGGCCUUGGGUGAUAAAAUGGAUUCCCAGGGUCUAAGUGACUUAAAUAUUGUGAGUGACAUAAAAAAUGAAGCAGUGUCUGAAGAAGUACGUGUACAACGUGAGUUACCAGAACGUAAAUUACCUGAACAAACUCCUGGUGACAGGUUACAACACGCACAAGAGCUACACACUCCCUCUAAUAUGCCAGAGGCAUCUAAUUUGCAAAACAAACCUAAGGAAUCUGAGGGUGAUAAAUCGGUGCUGGAUUCUUCAGUUGAAAUGUUUUCAAGUUUCAUGACAAAAAUGAAACCACCCAAAACGUUAUCUGGUUUCUUUUCCCAACCUCAAGCUACUGCACCUCCUCCUGCACAGAAGAAAAGCUCCUCUUUCUUUGGUUUCUCAUCCCUUCCCAGUGGCCCAGCCCCAGCUUUCACAAGUGAUCUCUUUGGUAUCUUCAAAGGCCCAAAAGAACCUCCAAAAGAGAUGCCUCCAAAAUCCACCCCUAAGCCCCAAAGCACUAGUGUGAAAGAUGUCACUGGGUCUGUUCCAGCAAAAGACACUAGGGAGACAGAAAAUACUGCUGCAGCCAGAGAGUCUAAGAGAGACAUCACAAGCUCUCUGAAGGCAGAUAUAGUACCUGUUUCAGCAGCAGAGAACUCCGUAGAAGAGUCUUCUAUGAAAACAGAAACUGAGGAAAAUAGGAACUCUGAAACCUGUAAAGAGGAACCCUUGAGUAUCACUCCAGAAACAGCAGUCUCUAGUGAAAAUCAGGCCCUCAAGGUUCUGCAGUUGGGUAAUGAUGCGCAGCCCUCGGAGAUGGUGGACGCAAAGCUGCCCCAGUCUGAUUUCAGUAAUGCAGUUGAUACGGUGCAGGCUGAGGCCACUGGCCCGGCUGAUGUAAAUACUCACCAACUAGAUGUAGGGUCUCCACAUGUGACAGAAGAACAAGCUGCUUCUACAGACAAGGCAGAUGUUGUCAUCCUUCAUACUGGCUCUACUGAUGGGCCUGAGCUGGAAAAGGAAGCCCCAAGUAAUGAGGCAGAUGCAAACCUUUCCCAGUUGCAGGAGAGUGCUAUGCUUGAAUCAGAGCCUGCUGUUACAGGGGGUCAGGCCAGUGCUGGUAUUGAUCAGCAGGACGUGGUCAGUAGCAAUGCUAGAGAACCCACAGCUCCAGCUGAUGAGCCCCACGUUCAUCUGCCGCAGCUGAAUGGAGAGAAGACAAGUGAGGUGGAACAGCAAACUGUUGAACAGGAGAAACAGUUCGUGAUUGAUGAAGUGCCUGCAGAAGGGUUUGCUUCCAAAUGUGACCUGAAGAAACAGGAUAAACCUACUAAUGUUCCCUCAGAUGCAAACAGCAGUAAAACAGUCUUUGAAAUACCAAACAUGCCCAGUUUGCCAAAAUUCAGCUUUAUGUCAUCUGCUGAUAGUGGAAAGCCAUUUGGGUCAUUCUUCUCUCAGCAGCCACCUUCUGUUAAUAAAGCAGGGGCUGAUCAGGGCCUCAUGUCCAGCUUUAAGAAGCUUUCUUCAACUUUAUUUGAAGGAGGUAGUGAAGAAAAGGUGAGUAAGCCAGAGAGUGCCCAAGGAGCAGUAUUUGGCAAAAAGCUAGAUUUCUCCUUUCCCUGGCAAAAAGACAACAGGGAGACCUCUGCCAAAAAGGAACCACAUGUACCACCACAGGCUUUGUCAAAACCAGAUGACAAGGUGUUAGGAACAGUCAGUUCAGAUGCAAACUCAAAGUCUGCAGUCUCAGAUCAACUGACUGACGCAAAUAUAGAAGUAAACUUGUCUUCAAAGCAGCCUGACACUGUACACAAUGAACUUUCUGAAGAACCAUCUGGUGCAAGCGCUGUUGAUCAUACAUCCAACAAAGAGCUGGGAGAGAAGUUGGGUAAAGAGUCAGAAGAUCAACAACAGAACGUGAUUUCAGGUGAACUGCAGAAAGAAGAUCAUGCAGAAGAGCAUGCAGCAGACAAGCCUGAACUGAAAGAAGCUGAGCUUGAUUCUGCUCUUGAUGGAGCAGUGCUUCAUCCUGGGACACAGGCUGCAGAGCUGAAUAGCGUGGAACAGCUGAAUGAGAAAAGGCUAGUCACAAAUGAGGCAUAAUAAAUGGUUUCAAGGUUCUGACCAUUUAUAAUGCAGUACUGCAGCAGUAGAUAUUGGCCUUGGUGUCUGAUGUUAGUAGCUCAGUCCCAUCCCCUGUUUGUUGUCAAGUGAUUGUAGUAUUACUGAUAGUUGUCACAGAGGAUGUGGCAAACUGCAGCCACUAGUUAUGCACAAGCCUUUAGGUGAUUUUCUCACCUCUUUCCACUCUUUCUUCUGUGAGUGUAAUUGGAUUUCCCAUGUUCUUAUACUGUGUCCCGCUAAAUGAGAUGCUUUUAAUGCUAAUUUCAUUAGCCUUUCAGAAGUUAUACUCUUUGUGUGUUAAUUCUACUGCAUACCAUUCACUUUGCUUUCUUGUUUAGUGAUAAUGAUGUUGCAUUUGCUAAGAAAAAAGUAGGAGUAGAUAGAAUGUAUGGGAAGGAAUGAGCAUUUUGUUUUCAAAAUGCGAGGUAAAGGCUUUUAAUUUUAGAGAGAAAUUUAACCAACUGCCAAUGUAUAAUAAAACUAAUUAGAUUCAUUUCACAUUACUGAAGGUUUUAAAAUGUUUUCAGAGACACCAGUGAAGGUAUUCUAUCAUCAUACUUGCUUUUCCUAAAAUCUGUGCAAAGGUUAUUUCAUGCAGUUAGGAAAGCCACUAAAGGGAAGGUAUCAGUAUUUCACGGGUGUGUAUUCAGUCCUGUGCACAAAUUAUGUUACAAUUGCCCUCAAAAAUCAAAACAGAGGCUCACUGCACUUAAACAUCUGUGUGAUGUAAGUGAAACUUGUGCCUCUGAUCAAACAGUUGUAACGCUGCACUUCUGAAACUUCCUAUCUGGCUUCAAAUUGUCCUAAGAGUGGCAGAGAAACAUUAGUGCUGCUUAGUUCUCGGCAGUAGCUGUCCUGACUGCAUGAGAAAUUUCCAUCCGCCGUAUUCUGUGUGAGGAUUCUGGGAAUUCAGUCCUGGAAGUUGUGUCUUGAAUCACAGAGAUCUCACCCCUGUGGUGUUAAUUUUUUAUAUAAAUUUAAUUCUGGGAAUAUCUCUCUUGAAAUGAGACAUGCGGCUUCUAUUUGGACAAUGGCUCUACUUUUGCAAAAGGUUUUAAGUUGAUAGUCUUGGAAACCUUAAUCUUGACUCCAAUGUAUUUUAUCACAAAUGUAUAAUAUAUAUAAAAGUAAUGUUGAGUUAAUGGUACUUCUUAACAACAGUCAGCUUAAGUGGUCAUUGUAAAGAGCUUAGCUGCAGUGGAACUGCAGAAUACAGAAACACUUCCACGCUGAAUUGCUAUGUUUCCAUUCUUAUUUCUGUCUGGUCAUUAGAAUAUCCUCACUGGCGGUUUCUGGCUGGUGUAAGGUGAAUAAGUAGCCAGCUGAUGCAAGAAAGACCUUCAGCAUAUAUGUUCUAUGUCCUGGUAGGCUGCAAGUGAAGUACUUCUACUGCCUACCAAAGUUUUGAGCUUUGGAACCCUAGAUCUAGUUCAGGCAGCAUAAUAGUUAAAUACGUCUUCAUAACAUGUCUUUUCAAUAAUAUUUAGUGUUCCUCUCAGCUUGCUAGAUGUGCAGAUUGCUUUGUGUUUCUCCAGGCCACCGUUUCUUUUUUUUUUUCUCUAAUGGGCUUUCUUGUUCU